AUGACUUUCCAGCUGAAAACCAGAGCUCAUUUCUUUGACCUGCACGGCUCUUUCGGUCUGAAGGAUUGGGACAUGGACAAAGAGCUGAAACUGGCAAAAACCACUGACCAGUUUGACCACGAUAACAAGCUAAGUGAUCAAUAUGUGGCCCAGACACCUAUAACGAGAGCCUCCAGAGGAAAAGGUGAGUUAAUUUGGUACGCCAAACCGUCAGAUACCGUGAUCAGGCCAAACCUGUGGCUGCUGGUGAAUCCCAACAUCGUCUGUCCGAUGCCGUACGUUGACGCCGCGGCUGAUUUGCAGCCUACAUGUGAACCUGCUGAAGAUAUCCAAAUGCAUCUACAGGAGUCUGCAGAAGCCCAACGUCCAGCUCCUGCAGAGGUUCACAGGUUCCGGCCCCAGGAGAAAUGGCUGCACUCUGUUCCCACGUCGUCUGCAUACACGGUACAUGAAGAUGUCACCAGUCAGCCAGCUAGGAACAGACGCAAGGGGAGAACCACAAAGGUCAUGGAAACCACCACCCUGAAGCCUGGCUGCUGGCCUCGGCCCCCUGUCAAUUACUGCAUCCUCAUCUCCUUGGCGCUCAAAGGCACCCUCGUUGGGGGGCUUAAAGUCCAGCAGAUUUACAACUUUGUCAGAGAACACUUUCCCUUCUUUCAGACGGCUCCGGAUGGCUGGAAGAACACCAUCCGACACAACUUGUGCUUCAACAGCAGCUUCCGUAAGACUUUCAACCAGCUCUGCAGAGAUGGCAAGAGAAAGUCGUGUUUUUGGCACCUGACUCCGGACGGCCACCGCAGACUAAAAGACGAGCUGCAAAUGUUGGUGGGAGAAGCCUUAAAGCAGCUGCAGAGGAGCAUGUCUCACCCAGGUGGGUGA